GAGUCAGCAGUAGUCAGUGGUCACUGACAUCCCGUGGGGAUUCCGGGGCAGAAUACUCGCAUCCCAUGCUUGUUGUAAGACUAGGAGCCAAAUACUGAUGGGAGAUGAGAUGAAAUGGGGGUUAAAGUUGCAUUCAAGAUCAUUGCAUAUAGCGGCAUGCAUGUACGUGUGUGGCACUAGUCAAGACUUAUCCUGGUUUUAUAGUGCUAGCCCACAGAGUUAUCCAUGCCCAGUUUACAGAUACCCCACUCAGACCAAUCCUCAUUUUAUCCCCAUAAUGCCGAGUGCCAGGCAGGGUAACAACAAGUCUUUUAGUAUGACAUAGCCAGGGAUUACACUACCAAAUUGAUGCUCUCCGGGCAGAUGCUCUGUCUACUAGCACAUGGAGGCGGUCCCCUAUACUGGGGAUGGGAGCUGUAGGGUUGUAUCACUGCACCACUAUGCAUGCAUUUAACAAGUUGCCCUGACUGUGUUAUGGGCAGCUUGAUCCUAGGGGCAUUCCAAGUUAGAACCAGCAGUGAGGUGUACGGGAGUCGGGACAGUGAGGUGUACAGGAGUCGGGACAGUCAGGUGUACGAGAGUCGGGACAGUCAGGUGUACGAGAGUCGGGACAGCGAGGUGUACAAGAGUCGGGGCAGUGAGGUGUACGAGAGUAGGGACAGUGAGGUGUACAAGAGUCGGGACAGUGAGGUGUACAAGAGUCGGGACAGUGAGGUGUACAAGACUCGGGACAGUGAGGUGUACGGGAGUCGGGACAGUGAGGUGUACGAGAGUCGGGACAGUGAGGUGUACGAGAGUCGGGACAGUCAGGUGGACGAGAGUUGGGACGGUCAGAGUUGGGACAGUCAGGUGGACGAGAGUUGGGACAGUCAGGUGUACAAGAGUCGGGACAGUGAGGUGUACAAGAGUCAGGACAGUGAGGUGUACGAGAGUCGGGACAGUGAGGUGUACGAGAGUUGGGACAGUCAGGUGGACGAGAGUUGGGACGGUCAGGUGGACGAGAGUCGGGACAGUCAGGUGUACGAGAGUCAGGACAGUCAGGUGUAUGAGAGUCGGGACAGUCAGGUGUACGAGAGUCGGGACAGUCAGGUGGACGAUAGUUGGGACGGUCAGGUGGACGAGAGUUGGGACAGUCAGGUGUACAAGAGUCGGGACAGUGAGGUGUACAAGAGUCAGGACAGUGAGGUGUACGAGAGUCGGGACAGUCAGGUGGACGAGAGUUGGGACAGUCAGGUGGACGAGAGUUGGGACAGUCAGGUGUACAAGAGUUGGGACAGUCAGGUGUACAAGAGUCAGGACAGUGAGGUGUACGAGAGUCGGGACAGUCAGGUGGACGAGAGUUGGGACAGUCAGGUGGACGAGAGUUGGGACGGUCAGGUGGACGAGAGUCGGGACAGUCAGGUGUACGAGAGUCAGGACAGUCAGGUGUACGAGAGUCAGGACAGUCAGGUGGACGAGUCAGGAGGACGAGAGUUGGGACGGUCAGAGUUGGGACAGUCAGGUGUACGAGUCAGGUGGACGAGAGUCAGGACAGUCAGGUGGACGAGAGUCGGGACAGUCAGGUGGACGAGAGUUGGGACGGUCAGGUGGACGAGAGAUGGGACAGUCAGGUGUACAAGAGUCGGGACAGUGAGGUGUAUAAGAGUCAGGACAGUGAGGUGUACGAGAGUCGGGACAGUGAGGUGUACGAGAGUUGGGACAGUCAGGUGGACGAGAGUUGGGACAGUCAGGUGUACAAGAGUCAGGACAGUGAGGUGUACGAGAGUCGGGACAGUCAGGUGGACGAGAGUUGGGACAGUCAGGUGGACGAGAGUUGGGACGGUCAGGUGGACGAGAGUCGGGACAGUCAGGUGUACGAGAGUCAGGACAGUCAGGUGUACGAGAGUCAGGACAGUCAGGUGGACGAGUCAGGAGGACGAGAGUUGGGACGGUCAGAGUUGGGACAGUCAGGUGGACGAGUCAGGUGGACGAGAGUCAGGACAGUCAGGUGGACGAGAGUCGGGACAGUCAGGUGGACGAGAGUUGGGACGGUCAGAGUUGGGACAGUCAGGUGGACGAGAGUUGGGACGGUCAGGUGGACGAGAGUCAGGACAGUGAGGUGUAUGAGAGUCAGGACAGUGAGGUGUAUGAGAGUCGGGACAGUCAGGUGUACGAGAGUCGGGACAGUGAGGUGUACGAGAGUGGUUACAGCUACUCAUUACAGAGGGUGCUGUUCACAGAUCAUAAGU